UCAUACUCACCUACCCGCUCCUAGACUUCUGCCCUCAGGUAUACCUGUUCCUUUGGCCUAUGAACGUUCCCCAGCACUCAGUGGGCUCUGAGGACCCCCUUCUUAGAUGGAGGAAAUUUCCAGGGCCCCACGUGUACUACUUGAAGGUACAGGAGGGGGCUGCAGCCUCCUUGGGAAUGUGGAUGACUUCCCUGGAAUGGGCCUGCAGUCGGAUCAGAUGCCAGUUCUGGAAGCCUUGAAGUUAGAAAGGUAUAAUCUUGACUCUGCUUCUCAGAAGAUGCACUAUUAUAGAUACUCUAACGCCAAAGUCAGCUGCUGGUACAAGUAUCUCCUUUUCAGCUACAACAUCGUCUUCUGGUUGGCUGGAGUUGUCUUCCUUGGAGUUGGGCUGUGGGCAUGGAGCGAAAAGGGCGUGCUGUCCGACCUCACCAAAGUGACCCGGCUGCAUGGAAUCGACCCAGUGGUACUGGUCCUGAUGGUGGGCGUGGUGAUGUUCACACUGGGGUUCGCCGGCUGUGUGGGGGCUCUGCGGGAGAACAUCUGCCUGCUCAAGUUUUUCUGUGGUGCCAUCGUGCUCAUCUUCUUUCUGGAGCUGGCCGUGGCCGUGCUGGCCUUCCUCUUCCAAGACUGGGUGCGGGACCGGUUCCGGGAGUUUUUCGAGAGCAACAUCAGGUCCUACCGGGACGACAUCGACCUGCAGAACCUCAUCGACUCCCUUCAGAAAGCCAACCAGUGCUGCGGGGCAUUCGGCCCUGAAGACUGGGACCUCAACGUGUACUUCAACUGUAGCGGUGCCAGCUACAGCCGUGAGAAGUGUGGGGUGCCCUUCUCCUGCUGCGUGCCGGAUCCCGCGCAAAAAGUUGUGAACACACAGUGUGGAUAUGAUGUCAGGAUUCAGCUGAAGAACAAGUGGGACGAGUCCAUAUUCACGAAGGGCUGCAUCCAGGUGCUGGAGGGCUGGCUCCCAAGGAAUAUUUACAUCGUGGCCGGUGUCUUCAUCGCCAUCUCACUGCUGCAGAUAUUUGGCAUCUUCCUGGCGAGGACCCUGAUCUCUGACAUUGAGGCGGUGAAGGCAGGCCAUCACUUCUGAGGAGCAAAGCGAGCCAGCGGAGCUGAGCCACACCAUGGAGGCCAACGCCCUUUACUGUCUCCAACCUUAUGUUCAAGAGGGAGGAGCUGACACACCUUCCUGCAGCCAGCACUGUCUUCAGCAUCAGUGUGAUGGGACCUCUCUGUUUCUGCUUGCUGGUCCUGAAGAUUGAGGGACCCCCCGUUACCUGCUCACACUUGCAACUACAUCCCCACCAGGGACUAUCCAGAGACAGAGAAUGUGUCUGCAUGGGAUUGUUGACCCUGAGGGACAGACAGGGCUCAUGGCCACAGGGAGGGCUUGACUUGGGCCCGGAGCCCACACGGGUCUGCAGGACACCAUCUGUUUUGGGUCAUUCACAUCUGUGGGUGGGCUGUGGGUAGAGGGGCCAGCAGGCGUGGACAAGGCUUCCUGCUCAAGUAAGCAGCCUAGGGCCCUGCUUGUAGCUGGGAAGGAGGAAGGGGCCCUCGGGGACCUCCGAGUGCCAUCUGAGUCUGUGGUGGUAUGCGUGCAUCCUCAGCCACGUCCACAUGAAGUAAGCCUGAGCCAGUGUGUGGACGGAUGCCACAGGAGUGCCUUGCCUGCUCCCCCCAAGUCUGUCAGCCAUUCUUUUGGGGUGAGAACCUCCAGUCUCAACAGCAUUAAGCUCUAAUGGCAGCAGGCGGCAGUGGGGGUGGUGGGCAUGGCUCUCCACUGAGAGUCUGCUCUCCUUUUCUUGAAAGUGUGUAAAUAGUUUAUUUAUAGAGGUAAGAGUGUUUUCACCCAUUUCUUCAUUUCCUCCUCCUUUCCUCUGGCAUUCUGUGAACAGCCUUAUGUGGUGUCCACGGCUAGAGCUGUCCCUUUCAGUUCCCUUGAGUGUCCCAAGAGCCAGCCCCCGACAGCUCCUCCUCCCCUUGUGGACACACCCCCUUCCUCCAUCAGCCCCACCCACAUACUCCCUGCUCCCCGGCUUGGCCUCACUGUCUUCUGUCUUGGUGCUACUGAAAUUGUCACCUAGAACUUGAAUCCUAUACUCCCUCCCCCCCAGCACCCACCCCACCAGAAGGCCAGGGAACCCUAGCCUGAGAAUGGCCAGUGUGAAACCUUUGGCCAGGGCCCCUCAUGGCCACAUGCCUAUGUCUGGUUUCUUUGGCAGACAGGCCCUGCACCCAGUUGCAAACCCUAGGCUUGGAAUGUUUUAUUUCUGACCUUCACGGUGGCUCCCCUCAGUGGGAUAACUGUGGUCACCGGGCCCUACUUCCUGUGGGGGCUGUUCUGGGACUUGCUCUUGGAAAUGAAGAUGUCUUAUGUACUGAAUCGCCCCCGGGAUAGCUGGGGCAUUCAUCUAUUUUUGACUGGGCUACUUCCUGAUGCUUCCCUGUAGCUUGUACCCCUCUCUCCUUACUGUCAAGGGACUGAGUGUGAUGCAGGUAUUUUGCUGAAGUGUAUAUUCUAGUGUGGUGUAUACUGGUGACUGUCGAUGAGUAUAUAUAUAUAUUUUUUUUUAACAAUCCUCUGUAGGCUAGGAGAAGAAGAAUGCUUGUGUGUUUCAUGGAAGUGUGAUGCUUCUCUUUGCCAAACUCUUUUAUGGAAUAUAUCUUUAUAUUAAUGGUGUCGUUUUGGUCAUUUUUGUUUUGGGUCAGUAUCAAGAUGGCACUAAGCAUCUCAGUGGUAAAUUUGGCUGCCAGGGGAACCAGUGGGAGAGGAUGUGACUAGACCUUACAGAGAGAUGGCGAAAGCAAUCCAUGGUAGACCCAAUCUGAUGUAAAUUUCAUUUGCUGUGCCACUUUCCCUCAUAUGCAGGCUACAAUUGGAACAAGGUGACUUUACUCCCAGCUGUAAGUGUGAGCUGGAAAAACUAUGACUAUAGAGACCCACGGGGGCAUUGUUUUAGGUCCUCUCUGUCUAGCUGGCAAUACUAUUGAUCCCAGUAAAAGAAACUGGGGAAAGUGGACAUUGCCACUUCACGAGCUGCGUGUUCUGACCUUGCUAGUCAGUUUGUGGAGGGGAUUAGUGGCUGUAACUUACCAGGUGCCUCUGACCUGGCCUGCGCUGGGAGAGCCGUUGGCAUAGACCUUCCCGCAGCUCCUGGCUGGCUGCUCCUGCUGACCUGUCCUAUCUGCUUACACAGACCUGAUUCAGGGUAAGGUGUUACUUUUUUAAAUUGGGUCUGUUUUUCAAUUAGCUUACAAAACUGUGGGGACAUUUUUAUCUGUCUUAUCUGACGUGAAGCAGUUACAUGAGGAAAGAAAAGAAAGCAAGGAUGGGAGUAGGCACAUGGAGAUCUCCAGCAGCAUGGGCUCACUCUGCACAGAGGCACGGAGCCAGCCCCUGGCUUACUCCCCUCCCAGCACCAGCUUGCCCAGAAUCCUCACCUUCCCUGUCCUCUGAGACCAGAUGGAGGCUGGUGGGGGCUUCUACUGCACGCCCUAGUACCAUGGUGCAUGCACAUUAAGUAUCAUGGUCUUUUCUUAUUUUCCCAGCACCUCUCCUUCUGCCUCCUCUCUCUGGCCUUCCUUUCUUUAUCCUAAAAAUUUGCCAUGGCCCUGUUGCCUCCAGGAAACUUCUUACCUGGGCUCUCUGUACCCCUCCCUCCACCACCCACCACUCUCUUCAUUGGCUGAAAGCUGCUGUCCAGCUGUCAACCCAGGGUCUCUUGUGGCCUCUGCAGCACCUGAGAGGGUGGACCACCCUCUUCUCAAAAUCUUUAGCGUCUGAGUACCAGGCUUGCCAGCUCUCUGAUCCUCUCCCAUCUGUCCUGCUCAGGCUCUAGCUACAGCUGCCCCUGUGCUCACUGGUCUCCAGGACUCCUCAUGACAUGGUCUGUACUGCUGCGUAAGAAGUGUGGUUCUUGGAUUCCCCAUGUGAACAACAAUAAAAAUUAAUGUAUGUAGAGCCUUUCUGGAAGAUAGGAAGUGCUCAGAGUACCUACUAGUUAAUAAACUCGUUCAGUCACUGGAACUGCUCUGAGGAAGCCAUUUUUAUGCCUGCAACCUGAGCCUCAGAGAAAGGUAAGUUACUGUCAAGGACUUGGAAAGGCUGGGUUCAACAUUGGAAGCCUUUUGCCCCAGAACCUCUAUGUGCAGCUAAAAUAGGAUGCUCUGUGACCAUCCCUCCUGAAUCCUAUAUCUCUACUUGGUUCCUGCUGAGCAAAACCAGCCCCAAGGGCAGAGCUAUUCCCUGAGAUUGUCUAGAUCCUUGGAUUCUGUGGCAGGAUGGCAGACAUUUGGAAAAAGAGAGAUUGUGUUGAUUCUCCCCUUUCUGUACUUGGAUUUGAGUUCCCAAAUCCUGAUGUUGCCCCGAGGAGCUCAGUCCCCAUCUAGGCUUAGAGCUUUGACUUUUUAAAAAUCUCAUAGCACGCUUGAAUUUAUCAUUAAACUUCCACGGUACGCUUAAAUUAUGUUGAUCACAAAAAAGGAGUAAAGAAAAGAAUACAUUUAAUGUACUUUGAACUUCUUUGGAAAAUAAUAUUUAAAAAUUCUUGCAGCAUACUGGAUGAAAGUCACUGGCUCACAGGCUCUAGGUCUGGGCAGCCGACUGACUUCUCUGCAAGGCCACAGCUGCAGGUAGCAGUGGGUGGUUAGUCCACAGACUGGUUGCUGGUAUAGUGUUAGGUGCUUACUUCACCAAAGCAAGGUGGUUGGGGAGGGCUGGAGCUGCCAUCCACCCAGCAAAUCUAUGAUGGGCGGUGUGUGCUGGACAGUGGGUGAUCCGACACAGCCUUUCUGGGAGAGUCCAUGUGGAGCAAGGCCACUGGAGCGGUGACAGACGUGGACAUGGGUGUAGGCUGCUGCCAUGUGCAAGGGCUCCCGGCAGAGAAUAAGAUUCCCACUGAUGGCUUCUCAGCCAGCAGCCUCAGAAGAGCAUAGACUGCAGGGUGCUGAGAAAGGGAGGCUACAGUGGUCCCAGCACCCGAGGCAUUCUCCUGCUAUGGGAACAUCUCUGAUUCCUGGCCUUCAGUUGGGGGCGGGCCGCUAUGGGAACAACUCUGGUUCACGGCCUUCACUUGGGGUAGGGGGCUUGCUGUAUCCCUUCACAAGUGAGCCUUGGGCCUUUUAAGCUCUAGGGCCCUAUGGGGAGUGUCUGCCUCGGGGUCAUAGUUUUCACAUUGUUCUGGACUAUGAGAAAUCGAAAUUGUCCCCAACAUGGAUCUUGGUAGAGGUGUUUCCCUGUUCUCAUGUUUGUCAUCAUGCUCAGGAGUGGACUGCCAGGCAUCCAGAGCAGAUGACCCCCUGCAGCAAUGUUCUCAUUCAUCUGGGUGCUUUCUCCAAAAACCUAGGGAACUAUAUAUACCUUAAGGGCCUUUCUAGGACUUGGCCUUUCUGGCACAAGCCUGCAUUAAAGACAUGUUCAUUUUCAAAUGCUUUUGGCAUUUCCAAGGUGCCUCAGGAAAACGGGAAGUUGGCAUUGUAGGACUCGGGCUACUGUGUAACUGUGGGAGGAGGAAAAAGUUCAAUGUACAUUUGUACGUAUGCUUGUUCUGGUGAAGUUGCUAAUCUUACAGAUGCCUGUGUUGGAGAAGGGCUGAAAAAUUAGUUCUUCACUCAGCUUUCCUUCUGUGUGCUCCAUCUUAUAUUCCAGCAGGGCUUCAAAAGCAUGUUUUAAUAACUACCAAAAUCACCACCUUGGACUGUAAUUUUGUCACCUCAAAACAAGUUUUAA